AUGUCGACAUCUGACACCUUGAAAUGGAGUCAGGUUGUCGCAAAGGCUGCUGGAAUGAAAGUCGUAACAGCUUCACGAUUUAGCCGAGAGGCUUCCACAAUGUCCUCAGAUCUGCUUUUCGAAUUACCGGAAUUUUCGCAACAGCAAAUGGCUCGCAAAGCUGCCACCAUCAUUCGCCAGGCUCUUGCCCCAGAUACAGUUUUAUUCUCAUUUCCGCUCGUGGCUUUCACUCAUCGUGCCGAAGCUUAUAAAGCUAUCACUGACCAAAUCGGUCCCUUGGCCAGUAUUAGACCAUUAAGCAACUAUGAUCUCCGUGCACGCAAGGACUUGCUAAUUUCAGUAACGUUCACGUGUGCCGAACAUACCAAAAAGGCUAUCGAUUCUGGUAUCACUGUUGAUGAUGUUGUGUACAAGGCUACUCCCAAUGCACCAGGCGCAGAGAACCCAUUGAUGCGGGUGCAACUUAACUUGUUACAUAACGCUGAUGAUCGCAAUCUCAAGGAGGAAUUGCUAUCUUCUUUGCGUUAUUAUGGGAAGGUCUACCAAAUCCGGCGCAUAUUAUGCGAUGGAUAUUUCGAGGGUCAACUGACAGUGACACUCGACCCUAGUGUUGGGUACAAGGACGAUAAGGAUGUCUAUCACGAGGCUCAACCUCUUCAACGCAUGUUGUAUUUAGAGGCAUGGGACGUCUAUGCUCCUGCAUCAUUCAAGGGUGCUGCCCCUAUUUGUUACUAUUGUCGGCAAUCGGGACAUAUCCGUAAUGCUUGCCCUGAUUUGAUGAAACGGGUUUGCUUCGGAUGUGGUAACAAAGGUCACACGAUACGUUUCUGCAAAGCCAAAGAGCCAGAGGAGAAAAAUGACACCACGUUGCUGCAGGAAUAUGAGGAUGCUCAACAGAAGCAUACUCCAGAGAAGACCACUUUGGAUAAAGCCGAUCAGACUUUGGAAAGUUCAGUUUUACGUGAGAUCGCCAAUGAACGGCUAGACAAUACAGAUGAGGAUAUGACUGACAGCAUAUCAACAAAGAAGGAUGAUGAAAUGGAUGUUGAUGAAUCAAACGACAGAGUAGCACAGAAAGGCAAAGAGCGUUCAGUUGACCCUAGUGAAGGUAUCAAUGCCUCCAAACAUGCCCCAAUCACAGUUGCUACCCACAUGAAGGUUGACAGUCAAGCUGAGAUGUUGGAAAUGUCAUCCGUGAAGCAGACCACGAAGGCCAAAAACGAGAAAGUCAAACGUAGCAUGCUCACAAAGAGUACGUCUUCGUCACAGCGAACCAAAGUCUCGUCUCUAGAUUUGAAUCCGGUUAUUCCAAAGCCCAAACCUAAGGAUUCCGCCCGUAGGGCACAAUGA